AUGGAGGACCGCAAGAGACCCGCCCUCAGUGCAAGCGACGACAUCGCUCCUCCCAGCAAACGUCAGCAAAUCAAUGGCGGUGCCAAUGUCGCCAAAGAUGACGAUGCGAAGGAGGACGUUUGGAUCGACGAAUACACAAAGGGCGCUAUUUACCGACAGAUGCAAGAAUACAAGCGCACAUGCAGUACUUUGGAGAUCAGGUUGGAAGAGAUGGAACGCCGUUCUGUACACCACGAUGACCAUCUUAGAGUAGUAGAUGCAUGGUGGGUCCAGCUCCUUCAAGAGCUCAAACUACUUGCCGAGAAGACGAUUCCAUUCCAGCCUGGAUCCGAGAAGGAGGCAUUCCCUACAGGCACUACAUUUAAGGAUAUGAAGGAGCUUGAAUCCCACCUCUCUGAAAAGGCAUCAAUCAUCCGAGAGAUGACUGAGACCAUCUUUGCCCGCAUGACUACGAACCGAGACAGCGAACCGGAUGUCGCCACUCUUGAAUCGCAAGUCAAUAAUCUUUUGGCCGCCCAGAAGGACUUGCUCGUCAAGGUUAAUCGCCUGACAUCCGAGAGAGAGGGCGUAUCAGAACAGCUCAACACUGCUACGUUGCGAUAUAUGAAGGCCGAGCGAAAGAUGGAUCGGCUACGGAGCAAUCAGGUACAAAAGCUUGAGCAAAAGGCUCUAGCAAGCUCUACCGCCCGCCCAGCGGGAGGCGAUCAGGAUAACGGUGUCGUGGAAGCUAAUGGCAACAGUGCAGAGCUUCAACUGAAACUCAAAGAAGCCACUGCUGCAGGCGACAAGCAGAAACAGCACUUGGAGACGGCCUUGGCGGAAAGCAAGAAGCUACAAGAAGAGCUCACGAACCUUCAGACCAAGCUCACCGGCCUGACGGAUGAAGACUAUGUUCGGACAGAUGCUUUCAAGUCAUUCAAAAGCCGCCAAGAAGAUUUGAUCAAAAAGAUCAAUAGUCUCGAACUCCAAAACAAGAAGAUGGCCGAGGCCAACAGCAAACUUGAGAGUGAACGUACAGCUUACAAGAAAAGGCUCGAAAGUGAGGCUCAACAAUUCACGUCAGAGCUUGAGGAACAGUUACAGCAAUCCGACGCAAACCUUGUCCGGAUUCGAGCAAUGCGCGACGAAGCUGUUCAAGAAGUACAGAAAUUACAAUCAAGCAAAGACUUGGAACGCGUUGCUUUAGAAGAACUGAAGUCACUGGUCAGCGCAAAUGAGGACUGGAUACGCCAAUUGGAAUCCCAGGUACAGCGGUUGACACCCAGCGAAGAUACCGAUAUGACUCCACGGCCUGAGAUAGACGGUCUCUCAGCUGAGGAACUUCGCGAGAAAUACAAGAAACUCCAAAAGGACUUUGACAGCAUCAACAAUGAGCUACCGGCAAUGGCGGCGGCGGUCAAGAAGUAUCAAAUUACCGCCAAUAAGAAGGUUCAAGAUGUGGUGCACGUGGAGGAACGUCUCACUACUGCUCUUGCGGAAAAGGGCAAGGCUAACCAAAAAUAUUUUGACGCGCGCCGGAAUCAUGAUGCGCUCACGGAGGAGUUGAAGAAAGUGCGCAUGCACAACUUGAAGAACUCGGAAGUCAUCUCUCAGCUCAAGGAGAAUGAGAUCCAGAACCGAGCUUUGGCAGCAAGUUUGGAGAAGCAGCUUGCCGACUUGAGGCAAGCAAAUGCCACCACGAUCUCAGAGAACAAGCGCACCGAGUCAAACAACGCGGAGAUUUUAAAGCGAUACGAGGCGCUCAAGACUCAGAUAACAGAACUGAACAAUCUAGCCAAGUCAAAGGACGCAGCCUCGGCCACAGCAAAAGAGCGCGCCUCAAUUCUGGAGACGGAAAACGAGAAGCUCAAGGUCCGCCUUGAGAGCAUGUCGAAGGAUAGGGACAAGUGGAAGACCAAGUCACUAAGCAACUCUUCCGAGGAGGAAGAGAUGCUCCGGAAACUUGCCACCUGUUCAGUGUGCCAUAACAACUUCAAGAACACUGCUAUCAAGACCUGCGGUCACAUCUUUUGCCGCACGUGUAUCAACGACCGUAUCAAUAACCGCAUGCGAAAGUGUCCCAACUGCAGCAAGAUGUUCGACAAGCUAGAUAUUAUGACUGUUCAUCUCUAG